GCUCAUACAUCUUCUGGCCUCUUUCCUCCCCGCCGCUACAAAACUAGGGUUUUUCAUCACAACAAAACCCUAAUGGCUUGCACAGUCGAUCUCAGAUUCCUCGAUGAAGGCUUCGGCGGCAAAACCGCCAAGCGAAAGCGAGCAGAGCAAGAGCACAACAAUCACCUCCUCCACCUCUCGCAGCAGAACCUAAACGAAGACGUUUCAAUGGAGAUCGACCUCACCGAGCCUCCUCCGGCGGCGAAGCGCCAAGCAGUGCCUUCCUCCGACGAUCCUAACAAGCCUGUGUUCGGCAAUCCAACCUACGACGGCGUUAUCGCCGGAAAAGUUUCCGGCCGGAGGUGGAAGCAGGUGCGGACUCACCGGUCGUCGGCGACAAAGGUGAGCCACAAAGGAACGACGUUCGAGCAACGAGCGAAGCAGAAGGAGAUAAAGAAGGCGUAUAUGGAGAAGAAGAAUGAGUUGAAGGAGGAGAUUAGGAAGCAUAAGGCGGAGAAGAGGAAGCAUAAGGAGGAGAAAGAUAAGAAGAAGCAGGAGAAUAUUUUGCGCACAGGCUCUAAACUUCAGAUUAUUAGCAAUCCUAAGACGCUUAAGAAGAUCCAGAAGUCUAAGCAGAGGAAGUUGCUAAAAGUGGUACCUGAUCAUUUGGUUAAGAAGUCUAAUUGAAUUUGACUGUUAUGUGGUUGAUUUAGUGAGAUUGUUGCGGAAUUUAUGCUGUUUUGUUUCAAGUUUUAUAAAUGCCGUGAUUUAUGUUUUCAGUUUUGUUUGCUGGAUGAUUAGUGAAGACUGAUGAUGGUAACUAUCUGUUGAAUGAAAUUUAUACACCUUUAUUCUCUGGAA